AUCUAGAGUAGGCCUAGAGUUAUCUAGUGUAAAAUUUAUGUUUCUGAGUGGUCCUCUCUUUUGAUCAGCUGAUCGAAAUUACUUUCCUGUGGACUUCAACGUAACUGACGAGAUUCAGGAUGAGAGAGAAAAUCAGAACACGAUCUUUGAACAGACUGCUAACAAUUGAAAAUCACUUGAAGCCACAACCAAGAUCACAUCCAACAAGCAGUACAGUUAGAAUCGAACUCUCAAAGACAUGGGCUCUUAUGGAUGAGUCUAUAGACAUCUCCAUCAAGGGUCUGAGGGGAGGACAAAGCAUAACUGUGCAAGCAUUUCUGAGAGAAAGUGGCAAAACUUACGGAUCUUAUGGACAUUAUAAGGCUAAUGAGCAAGGUGUUGUGGAUGUGUUGACUGCUCCUUCACUUGGUGGGACAUACACAGGUGUUGACCCAGUUGGUCUCUUCUGGAGCCUUACUACCACACCGGGAGUGAAACCAGGGCGUCUGAUCAAGAGCGAUGUAAUGACACCGUACAAUGUUUUUAUAGCAGUACAAGAUGGCUUCCAGGAUUUUAACAGUUUGCCAUGGGUUGAAAAUCCUCCCAGUUUAGCCUGCACUCUCCUUCAGAGAAGCUACUGUGCCCCUGGAGUCAAACGUAUUCCAGUUCAGGAGAAUGGCCUCAUUGGAAUAUUGUUUCUUCCUGAAGGUGAGGGGCCUUUCCCAGGAAUUAUAGAUGUCUUUGGCCUUUCGGGUGUCAUUAUUGAGCACAGAUCUUCAAUGCUUGCUUCCAAAGGCUAUGCUUGCUUCGUUUUCGCCUAUAUCAGAUAUGAAGACCUGCCCAUUACUGAGUCUGACUUGGACUUCGGUUACUUUCUGAAAGCCUUUGACUGGCUGGCAUCACAUCCAAAUGUGGACUCCAGUAACAUCGGUGGGGUGUCAAACUGUGCAGGGGGAGGCUACUCUCUCUUCAUAGCAGAGAGAAGACCAAAACUGAAGUGUUUAGUGUGCGUCAAUGGCAGCAUUAGUCCAGUUGGAGCAGAGCACACAGUGGAAGGGAAAGUUGUGAAACCUGCUGGCUUCCGGAUGGAGAGGGCAGUUCCUGUAAAUGGAAACAUGUUUUCCUUCAGGGAGAUGUAUCAUCCCUCUGAUGAAAUGCUUGUGCCUCAGUUCUGGCAACAUGGUGCUAAAUUCAUCUUUGUGCAAGGAGAAGAUGAUCAAUGUGUGAACCCAGCAGCCGUGGGGCAUAUGAGAUCCCUGGUCCCUGAAGAAUAUCGCAGAGACAACAUGGAGAUUGUCUAUUAUCCCGGCGCUGGCCAUAUCAUAGAACCACCACAUGCACCUCUUUGUAGAGCCAACUUUAACAAAGUGCUUAGAAUGUAUCUGCUGUGGGGAGGCCAGCCCAAACCACAUGCAGACGCCCAAGUCGAUGUCUGGAAAAGAACUUUGGAUUUUCUCAACAAAAAUCUCAGGCAGAAUGUUGCCUCAACUGCAGCCAGGCCAGAACUCUAACAUAAAUUGUAUAUGUGUGUCUACUUUUUUGUACGUCUCUGCUUUUUACCACAGUCUUUGAGGGUAAAGUCUAGCACAGGGUAUUUUAUUUUUAUUUGGUCAGUAUAGAUUAAUUGUUUUUUCUUGUAAUUUCUUUACUGAUUCAUUCCUACAUUUAUUCAGAGCAUAACUGUUCUAUGCUUGCAUUUUUAUACCGAAAAAAGUGUUGAAAGAUGUUUUUUGUUUGUGGUCAGUUUGUCCUUGUUCCUGUGCAAGAGUUUUUAUUUUAUAGACCGACAGUACAAUUUUUGCCAUAUUUUAUGUGCAUAUAUAAGUUUGUUGAUUUCUGUAAUAGAUUUACUAUGUGAUUGAAAUACUAGUGGGCACCCAACACUGAAUUUUCAUAUAUGGAUUCAAAGUGAAUGAUUAAUCUAUAUAUCAAAAGAACUUUUCAUUCUGAACAAUUUGGUGCCAAAUUAUCUGCAAUAGGACAAUAUAUAUAUGGGGAAACUGAAUGUUUAAAAUGUAAUAUAUUAGUGCAGAGCAUGCAAUAUAAAGAAACACAAAUGUAGAGACAGCUCACACUGUAACAAAAUUUGCUGCACCCACCAAACUUCCUUAGUCUAGAGUCAUUGGUGCCUUUAGUUAUAAUGUCAGUUUUUUAAACAGACGUGUAAUGAUUCAUAAUAAACAAAAUAAGGUU